AUGGGAGAUGUCUGGAGUCUUUCAGGCGAAACGCCGCAAAUAUGGCAUACCACCCUCGGUUCGCCGGCCAACCCGCCACUCCUGCUCCUCCACAGCCUCGUGUCCUGUCAUCUCGAAUUCACUCCACUCCUCCCUGAUCUUCGAGACACCUUCUUCAUCAUACUCGUCGACCUCCCAGGGCACUCCCGCUCGCCAUACCCACCUCUGACAACUACCAACCUCACGCAGACCGUCGACGCGCUGGCAUCACUCGUCCGCUCCGUCACGCCAAAGGGAAAGGCGCACGUCGCAGGCAUCUCCUACGGCGGCUUCGUCGGUCUAGAGCUCGCUCGGCGGUAUCCGGGUGUCGUGAUGAGCCUGUUCGUAAGCGGAGCGACACCAUUCGCGGGGUUGCAGGCGAUGCUUGUGCGAUGGCCGCGAGUCCUGUGGAGUGCGGCGGCGAUGCUGGUCUAUCUGCCAGACGUUGUCGUUGGCGGGCUGUAUAGGAGUAUAGGAGUCACAGUGUCGGAUGAGCUGCGGGCGGAGAUGCGGGCAAACUUGAGCGUGGAGCUGCUGAGAACUGGGUAUGGGGAUGUGGCGGAGAUCACGAUGAGGGACAUCGCGCAGGUGAAGGGAGUACGAACGGCAGUCGUAGCUGGAGGCAAGCAGGAUGAUGUACCUGCUACGGCGAAGAUGGGGAGGGUGUUGAGGGAGGGGAGCGAUGGCAUGGCGUGUCAGGCGUUCGUCGUGAGGAAGGCGUAUCAUGGGUGGGAUUUGCAGUUCCCGAAGGUUUUUGCGCAGGGGAUCACAGCCUGGGUUGAGGAGAGGGCUAUGCCCAGCGAAUACGAGGAGCUUCUUUGA